GGUUUUUAUUCUGUGACUGGAGGGAGCUUCGGCGGGCAGGGAAAAUGUCCUUUUUUAAUUUCCGCAAAAUCUUCAAAUUGGGCAGCGACAAGAAGAAGAAGCAGUACGAGCAUGUGAAGAGAGACCUGAACCCCGAGGAUUUUUGGGAAAUUAUAGGUGAAUUGGGGGACGGAGCCUUUGGGAAAGUGUUCAAGGCCCAGAAUAAAGAGACAAAUGUGUUAGCUGCUGCAAAAGUGAUUGACACUAAAUCUGAAGAAGAACUUGAAGAUUAUAUGGUUGAGAUUGAUAUUUUAGCAUCAUGUGAUCAUCCAAAUAUAGUCAAGCUGCUAGAUGCAUUCUAUUAUGAAAAUAAUCUUUGGAUCCUCAUUGAAUUUUGUGCAGGUGGUGCAGUAGAUGCUGUGAUGCUUGAGCUUGAGAGACCAUUAACAGAAUCCCAGAUACAAGUAGUUUGCAAGCAGACUUUAGAGGCAUUGAACUAUUUGCAUGAAAAUAAAAUUAUCCAUAGAGAUUUAAAAGCAGGCAACAUUCUUUUUACAUUGGAAGGAGACAUUAAAUUGGCGGAUUUUGGUGUAUCGGCUAAAAAUACAAGGACUAUACAAAGAAGAGAUUCUUUUAUUGGCACACCAUAUUGGAUGGCUCCGGAAGUGGUUAUGUGUGAAACAUCUAAAGAUAGACCCUAUGAUUAUAAAGCUGAUGUUUGGUCCUUGGGCAUCACUUUGAUAGAAAUGGCUCAGAUAGAACCUCCUCAUCAUGAGCUAAAUCCAAUGCGUGUACUGUUGAAAAUUGCAAAGUCUGAACCACCUACACUGGCACAACCAUCAAAAUGGUCUUCAAACUUUAAGGACUUCCUAAAGAAAUGUUUGGAAAAGAAUGUGGAUGCCAGGUGGAAUACUUCCCAGCUUCUCCAGCAUCCUUUUGUUACUGUGACUUCCAACAAACCCAUCCGAGAACUGAUUGCAGAGGCAAAGGCUGAAGUAACAGAAGAAGUUGAAGAUGGCAAAGAUGAUGAUGAUGAUGAAGAAACAGAGAAUUCUCUGCCUAUACCUGCUAAUAAGCGUGCCUCAUCUGACCUCAGUAUUGCCAGUUCAGAAGAAGAUAAACUUUCACAGAAUGCUUGUGUUCUGGAAUCUGUAUCAGAAAAAACUGAGCAUAGCACUAUUGGAGACAAACCUGAAAGUAAUGUUAUUAAUGAAAAAACUGUUGCUGACAAGCCUGAAAAAAUUGUUGAGAGAAAUAUUGACUACAUUGCUGAUGAUCAUCUUGAAAAUAUUGUUGAGCUCCAGAAUGGGACAGGAUUAAUUAAGGCAAAUAAGGCAGAAGAGAAAGAACUCAAGGUAGAAGAGAUAUUGGAAGUAGAAGAUCGUGUGAGUGAAGGAAAUGCAGUGAUAGAAAGAAAAGACAAUGAUCAACUUACAACCUCAGAAAUUGGUGCUGAUCUGAAACCUGAGGAGGAAAAGAAUCAGAAAAAGCAGCAGUUAUCUAAAAAUGAGAUUAAAACAAAUGAAAAAGACUCUGCUGAUCACAUAGCAGAAUUGGUUUCUGAAGAGACUGGAGAAAAAGAAGAAAAUAUAAGAGAGGCAAACAUUCAGGGAAGUGAAAGUGAAGUUAGGCUUAAAACCGAAGUACAAGAUAAAAUAGAGGAAACUGAAGUCAUUAAAGGUGAGGUGGGUGACACAGGCACAGUAGAAACAGGUGAAGUAGAAGAUCUAGGCUGCAACUCAGCUGGAAACAAUGCCAAGGAAGCUCAGAUUAAUGACAAAAAUGAAGUGAUUGAAUUAAGUGAAAAACUAAAACAAAUUAAACCUGAUCCUGAGGUUAGUGGUAUUAAGGAAACUCAGGAACAAAGGAUAGUUGAAACAAAUAUUACAGAUCAUAUGUCUGUAGAAGGUAUAUGUGUUAUGAACAGAAGUGAGGAACACUUAAUUAGUACUUCAGGGGACAUAGUGCUUAUUGGUGAUAAACCAGUAACAAGUGAAAUUGAAGAAAUUAAAGAAACAAGUAGCACUGAAGAAAUAUUGGUCCAAAACACAAUUCAUACUGGUGAAAAGUCAGUAGGAAGUAAAACUCAGGAUUCUCAUCAGCCUCUGCUAGACAUUGAACAAACAGAAUUUCCAAGUGAAAUACCAGUUAAAAUUGAACCUCAAGUUAUCAUAACUUCACAACCCAGUGAAACUCAACCAAUUAUACCCAGUAUUAAUAUUAACUCUCAAGAGACAGAAGAGAAAGGGGAAACAGGUACAUCAUCCCAAGCUGAAACCUCAGUACAUUUAGAACCUGAGAAUCAAAAGGAAAAUGACACUGAUUCAGGCACUGGCUCCACAGCUGAUAAUAGCAGCAUUGAUUUGAAUUUGUCCAUCACUAGUUUCCUAAGCAAAAACAAAGACACUGGAUCAAUAUCUUUACAAGAAACAAGAAGACAUAAGAAAACAUUGAAGAAAACAAGAAAAUUUGUUGUUGAUGGUGUAGAAGUGAGUGUGACAACUUCAAAAAUAGUUACAGAUAGUGAUUCAAAAACUGAAGAAUUGAGGUUUCUUCGACGUCAGGAGCUUCGAGAAUUAAGAUUUCUGCAGAAAGAGGAACAAAGAGCUCAGCAGCAGCUCAACAACAAAUUGCAGCAACAGCGGGAACAAAUUUUCAGACGUUUUGAACAAGAAAUGAUGAGUAAAAAGCGACAGUAUGACCAAGAGAUUGAAAAUCUAGAAAAACAACAGAAACAAACAAUAGAACGCCUAGAACAAGAACAUACAAAUCGCUUACGAGAUGAGGCCAAACGAAUCAAAGGAGAACAAGAGAAGGAACUGUCCAAAUUUCAGAAUAUGUUGAAAAACCGAAAAAAAGAGGUUAUAAAUGAAGUGGAGAAAGCACCCAAAGAGCUGAGAAAAGAGCUCAUGAAACGCAGGAAAGAGGAGCUUGCACAAACCCAGCAUGCUCAGGAACAAGAAUUUGUUCAGAAGCAACAACAGGAAUUAGAUGGAUCAUUGAAAAAGAUCAUCCAACAGCAGAAGGCAGAAUUAGCUAACAUUGAGCGAGAAUGUCUAAAUAAUAAACAGCAGCUCAUGAGAGCACGCGAAGCUGCUAUUUGGGAACUUGAGGAACGACAUUUACAAGAAAAACAUCAACUGCUUAAACAACAACUCAAGGAUCAGUAUUUCAUGCAAAGGCAUCAACUACUUAAGCGCCAUGAAAAGGAAACUGAACAAAUGCAGAGAUAUAAUCAACGGCUUAUUGAAGAAUUAAAAAACAGACAGACUCAAGAAAGAGCAAGACUACCUAAGAUCCAGCGUAGUGAAGCCAAGACUCGGAUGGCCAUGUUUAAGAAGAGUUUGAGAAUCAAUUCAACAGGCACUCCAGACCAGGACCGUGACAAAAUUAAACAGUUUGCUGCUCAAGAAGAAAAGAGACAAAAAAACGAAAGGAUGGCUCAGCAUCAAAAGCAUGAAAAUCAGAUGCGGGACCUUCAGUUGCAGUGUGAAGCUAAUGUCCGAGAACUACAUCAACUACAGAAUGAAAAAUGUCAUCUAUUGGUUGAACAUGAGACUCAGAAACUAAAGGAAUUAGAUGAAGAGCAUGGUCAAGAACUAAAGGAGUGGAGAGAAAAAUUGAGACCCAGGAAAAAGACACUGGAGGAAGAAUUUGCAAGGAAGCUUCAAGAACAAGAAGUAUUCUUUAAAAUGACUGGGGAGUCUGAAUGCCUUAACCCUUCAACUCAGAGUCGCAUCUCCAAAUUCUAUCCAAUUCCUAGCCUGCACUCCACUGGAUCAUAACUCCAGAAAGUGUGAUUGGGAUUGGUCUUUGUUUUUUUUUAAAUUUGCUUCUCUUCAUCAUUUGCCACACUAAGAUCUACAACUUACAUCCAAGAAUUCAUGAAGACAAUCAUCUGUACCACUGUUUAAGUGGGCUUUUUUUGUUUGCUUUUUUCAGAAUAUAAUGGCAGAGGUGGAGAAGGUAACUAGGGCAGACACUGAUUGCUCUGUGGUGCAGUGUGGUGUCUUAGUUAUUUCUUAAGAUGUUUUUUUAUGUUAGACUAAAAAACAUCUUUAUCAUUUAGACAUUAAAUUACUCAUAAAAGUGUUAGAGAAAUAAUGUUUGAAGUUGCAGAAAAGUUGUAACACAAAACAUUGUUCAUUAAUAUCUUUUUUAACUGAACUUAGUUCUCCAUGAUGACUAAAUUCCACAGUUGAAACUCUACUAUCUAGAGUUUGGGAUUUCUUGUGGUGAAUCAGUUUUCAUAAAAAAGGACAUAUAAACAACUCAGUAUGUUUGUUUAAUGAAAGAAUUUAUUAUGUUUUUAAUUGUUAAAUUCAGUAACAAACCCUUUCAAAAGACAAACAUUUUUCAGCAAUUGGUCUGAAAUAACCAUAUUAUAGGUAUUCCAUCUAAUAAAUGAAGGUGCUUUCAUUGAUAUAGUGCCUGAAAUAUGUAAAUUUGUUCACUUCUAAAAUAGGAUUUUCUUUUCUGGUUGGGGGAGGAGAGAGAAAAAUAACCUUAGCAUUAAUAUUACUGUUUCAAAAAUCUUGCUGCUACUACUAUUUGUCAGAAAUUCUCACUCAAAAAUAUUUUGCACUAAAAUAUAUAAAGGUGAAAAAAACCUAAGAGUUCAUUAUUCUUACAAAUCUGGAAGUUCUGCAAACUAAAAUGAGUAUAUAAUUUUAGUAGUCACAGCUUAAUUUAAUAGGGACAGCCCAUUUUCUUUAAUAUAUUUGGGCUAAUUAAAAUGGCUUCUCCCUCAACUUAACCAAAGUCUUCAUUUAAAACUCAGAGAUCCUGAAUUAUAUUUUUAAUCAGAGGGAUCAAAAUUAAUCUAAAAAGAAAUAUUUGAAGACUUUCAGAAUACUCAAAAAGAUUUAAGUUAAAUAUUUAGACCAUUGUUUUUAGAAAUUUUUUUGUGUGUUUUGAAAUUUGGUUGCUUACAUGUUAAAAUUUAUUUUGUUUUAAGUUGAUAGAUGUAUUUUAAAUUAUUUACUUUGAUUUGCAGUGGAUGAAGUCAAACUUUUAUCAUGUAAUUUGUGAUAAGUAUAGCUAUUAAAGAACUUUUCAGAGUCAGUUUUAUUGAGGGUUAGAAUUUUAAGUAUGAAUCAUAUCAUGACAGUAUUCUAAACUGUACCAUGGUAUGUGAAAGACAAGUAUGUAUAUGGUAUUUGUUUUCUGUCAUUUUGAAACCCACUAUCUUGAUACUCAAUAUUAAAAAAAACAACAACCCAUUUUCUAUCUUGCUGGCUUGUAUUACAUAGGAGGCUGGUGAAACUCCUAAGAGUGUAAUUCCCUUUAAACACUGUUGAGUUAAGGAAAAGAAAUGUAAAUAACAAUUUCAUUCUCUUGUACUUGAUUGAAAACUUUUGGAUGCCGAAGCUUACUCUGUCAGUUGUUUAAAUGAUUGAAAAAUGCAUGAUAAAUUUUAAUUUUGUAAUUAAUGUUUUUGAUAAGCAUAAUUUACUUGGACUACUUUAUAGUUAGCCUUAAUUUCUGGCCAAGUUUUUUUUUUUUUAAGUACAUAUAUACAUAUAUAUAUAUAUAUAUAAGUAUAUAAAUAUAUCAUGUACUGGUUGUAAAUUCACACAUCAUCUUCACUCAAAUGUGUUAUGUAUGGAAAACUCUUUUAAAAAUAGCUUAUUCUCAAAUGCUGAGAUGAAAAAUGUUUUGGAAGGGCUUUUAAGCUACAUCUUUAUAAAAAUAAUUAAUAUUCAGUAAGAAAACGGAAAUGGUUUAUAUUGUUAACAUAAAAAUAUUAUAGUAUCAUGACGCCCAAUGUAUUCACUGAUUUAUUUGAAUUGGGGAUGAUGGUAAGAGGUAGAGGAAGAAAACAGAUGUUCAUAUACUUUUCCUUGGAAGUAUCAGUUCACUGAACUUUUGUUUUAGUCUUAGUACAGGACAUUGGGAAUCUCAUUCUUUAAUUGAUAGUUCAUGUGUGCUAAGUAUGUUGGGAACUUUUCCUCCAAAUAUUUGAUAUAUUCCCUUGAAGUUCUGUGUUCAUAUUGCUGAAAAAGGAGAUGGUUGACACCUUAGGUAAGUUUGGUUGUUAGAAAGCACAAUUCUGAUUGUAACACUCUUACUUUGCAUCUUCCUUUCUACUAAAUUCAAUGUUCCAGAGUGAACUCUGCCUUAAAGAAUGACCAUUUUCCACAAUUUAGGGAAAGAAUGGAGAAUUACAUAUUGGAAUCAAAUGUUAAUUUCAAAGUGAAAACUGAUAAAGGUCCUUUUAAAAAUCUUUUGUUAUGUAAAAUUAUAAUUGAGCACUUGUCUUCUCACCCACUGUUAGAGUUUAGCCGGGAAAGUUCAGUUUUUCAUUCAAAUAAAAGAUAGGGUUUUUGUUUGCCCCUUUUUUUUUUUUUUUUUUUUUUUGGGGGGGGGGGUGAGGCACUUGGGAUUAAGUAACUUGCCCAGGGUAACAAAGUGUUAACUGUCUGAGGCCAAAGAUGAGGAUAUUUUUUCCUGUGAGGAAAGGAAUUCUCUGAAGCCUCAGUGUAUAGUCAUAACUAUUCUUGGCUUGUUUUCUAUGAUGCUCUGGUAAAACAGAUGAUGAAACUCAUUAAAGAGAGUCUUAUUGAAACAUCCUUCAGGUUUUUCCUGUGUCACAGAAACACACUCCUAAUGUUCUUAGGUAUAACUCAGAAAGCUAGUUGUGCCAGAUGUUGCCUAGCCUUUUAGAUCCAUAAGUAGGAUGCAAAUUGCUAAAUUAAGUUACGCUCAUGUGAAUUUGUGAAUAAGCUUUUUCUGACCCUUUUCUGUGGUGUCAGGGGAGUCCACAGGUUGGGUAAACAGAAAAUUCAGCUUGCUUCCAUUCAGCUGAUUAUGAUGAUCUCCCUGAAACCUUAUUGACAGGUUAAGCUGAAAUUUAAUUAAACACAAACCAGAACCACAGCUACCUCUAAGAAGUAGUGUUUUCCUUAAGCACAAAAACGCUCAGGCAUAUUAGGCCCAUUUCAUUGCGGGGUCUCCAAUUUUAUAAGUAUCAGCAAGUUUUAAACUGCCUUUUAUAAUCUCCCAAACCCACUUUCGCUAAUAGCUCUCUCCCAGACCAUACAGUGCUUAGUAGAGAAGGUUCUUCUGAAAGAGUCAAAUACAGAUUAUUGGUAGAUAAGCAUAUGCUUAAAGGAAAAUCUAGAACUGAGAGGGGAAGAUGGUUCUAGUUCUAAGAGUAGAAAUCAGCUCCUUUCAGGAAAAAGAAACUUUACAGGAAGUGGAAUCAUGUCUUAUGAAAAUUAUUUCUGAUCAAGGCCCAACAACCUAAUAACCACGUGUCUUGUUGCCAUGGUUGCAGUGGUUUUGCUCUAGCUUUAAAGUUCUGCUCUUGAGCUUGAGGCAGAAUACCUUGUCGGUUUCAAUGUUGGCUGCAACUGUAGUGAUGCUGUUCUGACUUGCAAUGUCAUGGCUCCUCAAGUUUUUCAGAAAGAACUCUUGUUUCAGUUUGUGCCUCUUGUCUACUGGAGAGCAAAUGUUUUUGCAGUUGUGGGAUUGACACACUAAAAUAAAGUCAUUUCUUAAAACUAUUUUGGGGAAGUAGUGUUUUGUUAAAUAGAUUAUCCUAUUUAAGACUGGCUGCUUUAUUCUUUUUUUUCCAACUAUUGAUGAUCUUAUGGCCCAGUGAGUUUUUUCCUCCUCUUCAAGUUUUUUUUCCUUCUGCCCAUUGGCUUUCCUGUGCAUCAUGUCUCUGCCUUUUUGUGGCUAGCACUAAACCUUUCCUGUGCCUGUUAAGUCUGUGUGUUUAUAAGCAUGUGCAUUCACACUUACACAUACACAAAGAAGCUGUAUGGCUUUUCUUGGUAAGUUGGGAUAUCACAGAUUCUCAGAUUAUUAGAGCUAGAACCAAGGGAUCUUAGAUAGUCUAGUCCUGUCUCUUUAACUUAAGACCUUUAGAGAUGAAUCAGCAGUCAAUAAACAUUAUGUUUCAAAGUGAUAUGUGACUUGGACCAGGUCUCAGAAGUAAUUAAGUGGCAAAAUUGGCUCUUGAACCUAGAGUUGUUGCCUCCCAUUCCUUUCUCCUUUUCUGAUGUGCUAUAUAAUUCAAAGGAUCUAUUUUUCUUAAGGGAUACUUUAAAAGAAGAGAAAAAAGUCAUAUAUAACUGUAUGGAGUUUUUAUGUUUUUAAAGUAUUCUUUUUUUUUUUUUCAGAAUUGAGAUCUUUUGUCUUUGAUGAUGAUUUGAGAUCAAAAUUGAAUUUUAGGUGCUUAGAAGAGAAUACUUUGGGAAUAUUCUGUUAUAACAAAUUUAGUAGUUAGGGAAAAUGUUAGUAUAAUAAAACAAGGUAAAAAUUGUCAGGUCAUGUUAGGUAAAGGAAAUUGACUCAGUUUGUUGGUAAAGAUCACAAAAUUUUGUGGUAUUUGGAAAGGCUGAAGUGUAUCUUAUCUGGAAAUAAAGCUUGCUUUCACAAAAAA